AUUUGUUGCCCGAUAGUGAUUAUCAGCUUCAGCGAUACCCUUCGACUUUUGACCUUAAUAGUAAUUAACCGAAUUCCUUGUGUUUCCAAGGCAUUGCACAUCUCUUUGUGAGAACCAGUUUGCUUCAGUCGAGCAAGCUAAGAUUAAUUUCCAAAUCGAUUUUACCGAGUGAAGCCCCGGCCAUUUUGGUAUUUUUUAUCAGUUUUGUACACACCGGAAUCUGCAUGAUUUUUCCACGGGACGAUAAGGAGUUUCGAGAUCUAUUCGGCAGAUCUUCAGUUCUCUAUUUGGGCGUAAAGCUGGCGACAGUCUUUAACGAAACCUUCGAUUAUUACUGUCUAAACUGUGAGCAAGAAGAAAACAUGGCUGCGGUGCCACAAGCCGCAUUUGCUGCGAAAAAAAUCAGACAAAACGAAGAAAAGCUGAAAACAUUUCCUCGUAAAACUGAUCCAACGAAUUACAGUAGCUUAUACAUGAAUAGUAUUUGGGGUCAAUACAACCGAUAUUCGGUUCAUAAUUUGAAAAAAAUAAUGGAUGAAACGCUGUUUAUUGCGAGUUUCAAAAAUCCACUCGAGAAAACCGCUGUUAUCCCGGUUCCCGAAAAACCUGUAUUUAGUACUGACAUUGGACCGUCCAUCCAUUUUUCUGCUCAAACUAUUUAUAAUUGAAAAAUCAUGAGGCUGUUAUGUUAGAAUAGAAUGGUAGAGUGUCUGUGAAAUAAUCUAUGUAAUAAGUAUACUACUAAUCUGUGCAAUUAUUUUAUAUAUAUAAAUGAUAUUCAAUUGUUAUAUUUUUUAUUUGGAAUAGAAAUAUAUGUAUGAUUCUGUA